AAUGCCGAGCGCACUGGGCUCUAAACCGGAUAUCCGCCCUGCGACUGAGGGUAGCUUCCUUCGCUGCACGUGGAUUUCCGAAUAGAAAGAGCGUGUUACUUGCUACUUUUGAGAUUGUUAUUGCUAUAAAGCAAACUCUUUGAUAUCUUUUGAAACUUUGAUAAUAACGGGUCGUCGAGAUGUUUCUGCAGUUUUAUCUCAAUGAUAACGGGGACAGAGUCUACACUCUGAAGAAGAUUUGUCCUGACGGGCAGCCCACCAGCUCAGCCCACCCGGCUCGCUUCUCCCCAGACGACAAGUUCUCCAGACACCGGGUGACAGUGAAGAAACGCUUCGGCCUUCUGCUCACCCAGCGGCCCAGACCUGUUCUGUGAGAGAGGGAUGGAGGGAUGGAGAUCAGACCAAGGAAUUGAGUGAUGAAGGCUCAGAUGAGACUCUAAAGCAAACAGUCACAAACCCGUUGAGGAUCCCAGAUUAGGAACGUGCAGCCAGGAUUACUCAAGUUUCAC